UAGCAGCCCCUCCCCACUACUCCCUCCCCCCGCAGACAGGGUCAGCCCCCCCGAGGCAGAGGGCUACAGAGGGCAGAGAACAGUGCCGGGGCAGAGGGUCAGGACGGCCGUACGAAGGGAGGUGACUGAUCAGCUGAUCGCAGGACUUCCAACCGCAGGUGCCACCGGAGCAGAGCAGCAGUGGAGAUGACUCUACGCACUUCCUGUUUGCUGCUGUGCAUGCUGGGAAUGGCCGCUCGGCCGAGGCUCGUCGCAGCGCUGCACUUCCCGCCAGGGCUGAUUGGCUAUCAGUCGGCCUUCUCCGCCACCCGCACCAGCAGCCUCCUGGGCGGGUCGCAGAGCGCCGUGACCUUCGACCGGCUGCUGGUGAACGUCGGCGGCGACUUCAGCCCCGAGACCGGCCGCUUCCGCUGCCGCGUGCCCGGCGCCUACUACUUCGCCUUCACGGCGGGGAAGUUCCCCCGGAAGCUGCUGUCGCUGGUCCUGGUGAAGAACGGGCGGGAGGUGCAGGCCAUGGCGUACGACGGGCACCGGCGGAAGGACCGCAAGGUGCAGAGCCAGAGCGUGAUGGUCAGCCUGAAGGCCACGGACACCAUCUGGCUGCUCCUCCACGCCAGCCCCAAGUACGCGCUCUACAGCAACGCCGGGCCCUACAUCACCUUCACCGGCUACCUGGUGUACCCCGACGCCUCCGCCCGCGACGUCAGCAACCACCUGACCUCCCCGGGGCCGGGCUACCACGGGUGCCCGCUCCCGGGAGAUCCCCGGCUGGCCUGGUUCGGGGGCGACCCGGUGGAGGAGGAGCCCCGCUCGGCCUUCUCGGUGGCCCGGACCUCCUCGCUCCUGGGGGAGCGCUCGGGGCAGGGGGAGAAGGAGGCGCUGACCUUCGACGUGGAGUACGUCAACGUGGGCGGCCACUUCAACCGGUCCUCGGGCCGCUUCACCUGCGGCCACCCCGGCGCGUACUACUUCGCCUUCACGGUGGGCAAGCACCCGCGGCGGGCGCUGUCCGUCAAGCUGAUGACCGGCGAGGGGGAGGUGCAGGCCAUGAUCUUCGACGAGGACGAGUCGCCGCGGCGGGAGGUGCAGAGCCAGAGCUUGCUGCUGUCCCUGCGCCGGGGCGACAGCGUGUGGCUCUACGCCCAGCAGCACGAGCGCUUCGCCGUCUACAGCAACCAGGGACGCUACACCACCUUCUCCGGCUUCCUGGUCUACCCCGAGCCCCGGCUCCGCCCCCCGGCCAGAACUCACCUCUGAGCGGGACACGGGAGACCCCCCCGGCUCCGGGUCGGGUCACGAGCGCGGGCCUGCGCCGCGUCACAGCGGUACUGGGAGCGCAACCCUUUUUUAUAGCGAAUCCUAAUAAACACUACAGCUAAGACCAAUCAACGCACAGUCAUCAGUGUCGGUGUAGGAAUAUGGGUAAUGAGCUGGUCUUGUAAGGUCACAGGUUCGAUUCCCGGGUAGGACACUGCCGUUGUACCCUUGAACAAGUUGCUUAACCUGCAUUGCUUCAGUAUAUAUCCAGCUGUAUAAAUGGACGCAGUGUAAAAUGUUGUGUAGGUCACUCUGGAUAAGAGUGUCUUCUAAAUGCCUGUAAUGCAUUACAAAAUAGCCAGUUUAGACUUUUGGAUGUGUGACAAAUCUUUGUUCAAAACAGCAACUUGCAAGAGUGAAAUGAUCUUUCAGCUGAUGGUGUCUUGCUGUAAGAUGGCUCCCUAACACAUGAUUAGUCACACACACUGGUCAGGGAUUUAUGUAAGCCCUUUGUGACUCAUUGGGAGGAGUUUUGGAUAGAACCUGCACUGUAUGUUAACUGUCUCCAUGUUUCUUUCUGUGCUCUGUUGCGUGUGGCACCUAUCCUCACGAGCCAAUCCAAACAGCGCAUUCAUGUGCUCAUUAAGCUUCAGCUGUUAUUAGUGGAAAUCCAGUGAAAACUCACACACACUCUGUUACGUUUGUGAUUCUUGUCUUUGUAAUAAAACUGUAAUUACAUAAAUAGUGUUUAAUAGUUAAAUAAUUACACUGAUAAUAUUUAGGAUAGGGAUUUAGUAGGGAUUUGCUUAACCAAGUAUAAUGCAAUAUGUUUACAAAAUAAACUGUUAAGGUUCAGCUCUUACAUUCUGCCGUGGAGGGGGCAGCAGUUAACCUCUGGCACUUCAGUUUCUUUAAAGAACAUUUACGGUAUGGAUGCAGAUUGACUGGAACCCUCACAUACUUACUUGAGGUAAAAAUAAAGUCUUUGUUUACAAUUAUACUUAUAUUCUAUGCCAAAUAAAAUUUUCAAUUAAACCAAGUGUGGUUGCGUAGACUUUUCUGGAAGUUUUUUAAAAAAAAUAUGUUUGGUCCACACCAAAUUCC